UGAGAUUAGAACUUAAGAGCCGCAGGCGGGUGUGCUCUUCUACCCCGACGUGCAGACGAUUUGGCCGCCAAUGUUCAAGAAGUUGCUGUUUGUUUCUGGGCGGUGAUUGAAGAAGAAGGGGUUUAGCCAGGAGCAACCAGCUGCAAUUAUCGAAGGGUUUCAUUGCAGUUUCUGCAUUCGCAAUAUUGCCAACAUAAUCUCACCUUACACUUCUUCCUCACUGGACUUAGUCUACUCUUGUAGCACAAGUUCUGUUCUCUCUCCUCCCCUACUUGUUUUAAAUAUUGUAUUUUAAUUGUUCGUAAAAACCGGGGCUUUUGAUGAAUUACUAUGCCGAGUGAAGAUUAUCCGUGCUAUAUAAAGGAAUUGUAGGGGGUUCCUGGUAAAUUCUUAGGUUGUGCAUGAAGCAGUGCAUUCGCUUGGUGCUAUUCUUGGUUGAGAAUAUAUAUGAGUUUUGUUGCAAGCAGUUCGCAUAAUGCACACCAAAUGCUCGGGUAUAAGUCUAAUCCAUGAAAAAAUGAAUCAUCACUAUGUUUUUUCAAGGCUGAAGCAAAGAUACAGGGGAAAAGGGGAUGGGAUUGGUCACACACGCGUGCACAUGACUAUUCAAGUACUUGUGUCUUAAUACCUUAAAAAGGUUUUCCCCAUUUUUUGUAUGACCUCUUUAUGCUAUUUAUUUUUUACUUUUUACUUACAAAUGGUGACCAAAUGAAAACUGGUUGGCUGGUUCCUUCUGUUCCUCGAUUCUGUGUUUUUCCAUCAUACCAUGCAUGGCUUUUGCAGUUGGUGCUUAUAAUUAUAUUCGUAUUUGAGAAUUCAGGUUGUUUUCUUUGUAAUUGACAUUUUUUGCCUACUGAAGAUUCACUUAACAGGAUACGAUUAUAGAUGAUCCAGAGACCGCCGGUAGUUUCUUCUUCAUUAUGGAAUUUAUCUUAUAAGAAUGAUUGCCCAGGCAUGGAGUUUUUGAGGCCGCAACUUUCAGCUUCUGAGUCAUAUACUCUUGGAUUGAAGUUAGGAUGUGAAAAAAUUUACAAGGUUGAAUUGACACAACCUGGAAGUUUUCUAUGUGCCAGUCAGAAGGCCAGAGGUGAUAAAGCUGUGGAAAGAAGAAGGAUACCCCAAAAUGUUGAUUUCCCGCCGGUGUUGCCCAAGAAAAAGAAAAAACCAUACCCUAUUCCCAUUAAGGAGAUCAAACAAGCUGCAAGGGAAGACAAAAAACUUGCAGAAAUGGGAAUAGAGAAGCCCCUUGAUCCUCCAAAGAAUGGAUUGCUUGUGCCAGACCUAAUUCCUGUUGCCUAUGAAGUAUUUGAUGCUUGGAAACUGCUAAUUAAGGGUCUUGGGCAGCUCUUGCACGUUAUUCCUGUGCAUGGCUGUAGUGAAUGUUCUGAAGUUCAUGUGGGCCGCUCAGUUCACCACAUCCAGGAUUGCCUUGGUCCUACCAGUGCGCAGCGUCAUAGUUUCCACGCAUGGGUGAAGGGUUCCAUCAAUGAUAUACUAAUCCCUGUUGAGUCUUAUCAUCUCUAUGAUCCUUUUGGCCGGCGCAUCAAGCACGAGACGCGGUUUGAUUAUGACCGGAUUCCAGCAGUUGUGGAGCUAUGCAUUCAAGCUGGUGUGGACAUACUGGAGUACCCUUCACGUCGAAGGACUAACCCUAUAAGAAUGCUAGGGAAAAGAGUUAUUGACAGAGGUGGGUAUGUUGAAGAACCUAAGCCAUGGCGCUCAGCAGAUCCCUCUGCACUUAUUGACUUCGAUACUUACCAAGCCUGUGACCGAUUUCCACCCCCACAAUCGUCAGACAUACCUAGAAUCGCCCAGGAAACAAUCGAGGCAUAUGAAACUGUCAGAAAGGGAGUAAGGACUUUGAUGAAGAAAUACUCAGUUAAGGCAUGUGGAUAUUGUUCAGAGGUUCAUGUGGGGCCAUGGGGUCACAAUGCCAAGCUUUGUGGAGCAUUCAAACAUCAAUGGAGGGAUGGGAAACAUGGUUGGCAAGAUGCAACAGUGGAGGAAGUUUUUCCUCCAAACUAUGUAUGGCAUGUGAGAGAUCCUUCAGGACCCCCCUUGAGUGGUUCUCUGAAAAGAUUCUACGGCAAGGCCCCGGCUGUGGUUGAAGUGUGCAUGCAAGCUGGGGCAAAGAUUCCUGAUGGGUACAAACCCAUGAUGAGACUUGACAUUGUAAUUCCUGAAGCUGAUGAAGCAAAACUGAUUGCAUGAUUGUGUUCAUGUUGUGUUAUGUAUGCCACUUCAAGAGCUAGUUGUUAGUAUGUCUGAAAUGUGGAUGUAUUCUUUGGGUUUUGUUUUUCUGAUUAAGUUUUCUUUUAAUAACUAAGGAAUAUGCGUAGUUACAAAUUA